CCCAGAGUGCUGGGAUUACAGGUGUGAGCCACUGUGGCCCGCCAUAGUUGAGUAUUUUUGAUGAAAGUGGGAUCUCAACAAAGAAUCAGUUUCUGGUUGCAGAUGGGGAUAUAUCCUGCAGUUGUUAAACACAGAUUUUAAUAAAAUUUAUUAGGUGGUUAAAAGACACAUAAAUCAAUUACCAAAUCACAUACGGACAUGCAUAGUUUAGUCAUCCCAGGCUGUGCUUUUAGGGUGUUCAUAUGGUGCUUCUGUGGACUGUGGACCUCCGACCGGUGGCAUGUAUUUUAUGUUCACCUACAAGGCAAAUUUCAACCACUUAACAAUCCACCGAAAGAUCGUAGCAGCUGUAUGGAUUUCAAAGCGCAUCUUCCGCCACUUUGUUUGAAGGUGGCAGGUUGUGCGCUGCACGCUGCCUGAGUCCCGGGACAUUUAGUCCCUGUACGCACGCCGUCCCUCUUCUGGCCUAUGACGGUGUCUGCCACUGGCCUCUGCCCUCGGCUUCUCCACUCCUAGAUCAAGCACUCUCGCCGCUCAUGCGGUUCCAUCCUUUAAACUUCCUGGCUUAUUCCUGCCUCAGGGGCUUUGUGUCAGCUGCUCCCUCUGCCAGGUGUGCUCUUGACUUGCAGAUGUCCCCCCCUCCCCAUAGGUGAGUCUUAACCUAACGCCUCUCUGCACUAGGGCUUCCCGACGCUCACGCUAAACCAGCCGCAGCCUGGCUCUGAGUGCAUUCAUCAUGGUGGUCCUGUUGACAGGCCCAGCGGCAGACGGCGAGCUUCCUGGAACCUGCCUGUCUGCACUGCCCCGUUGCCCGACAGGGCUGGCAGGGGUUAAAUAUUAGUGGCAUGAACGCCCCAGUGGCUCUUCUCCUCCUGAAACCUCAGGACCUAUUAGAGCCAGUGUUUUUCUGGUGAUUCUUCCAGAAGCAUAGUCUCACAGAGCUCUUCGUUUUACCUCACCCCCAGAAAACCAAUAAAACAAAGCAUCAUUCUUAUUUAACCUCAUGAAUUUUUUCUUUUCCCAGAGCUAUCAUCCUCUGGCCCCUAUACCCACUCUUCUCAGAAAGGAUCUGCCCUGAGACCGCGUUGACUGCUGCAAGGACUGAGUGGGAUUUGCUGAGCUGCCGUCUGGAGACAGCGAGAUAGGAACAUCUUUUGGGGGAAGGAAUCGGCCUCCUCUCCUGGCAGCGGCCAGUGUGCAGCAGACAGCCGCAAGGGGCCGGCGGCGCCAGGUGGCGCCUACUAUGUCGUGUGGCGGGAAACAGAGUUCACUGUGAGAGUCCCUUGGAGCUUGGAAAUAGACGGGUUUAAGACGGAGAAGUUUCCACAAAGAGCAAGAACUUCACUAUCUCCUUUUUGAUCUGAAGGCUGGGGACAAUGGAUAUCAUCGUAGAGACAGCAAAACUAGAGGAAAACAUGGACAGUCAAACCAACGAUCCUACCACCGCUUACACGGGGCCUGCAGAGCCUGUCGAGGAAGAAAACAAAACUGGUAACGGGAAACCUAAGAGCUUAUCCCCCGGGCUGCGGAAGGGCGCCAAGAAGUACCCGGACUAUGUCCAGAUUGCUAUGCCCGCCGAAUCGAGGAACAAAUUUCCCCUGGAAUGGUGGAAAACAGGCAUCGCCUUGGUGUACGCGCUGUUCAACCUCGUCCUGACGACCGUGAUGAUCACAGUGGUGCACGAGAGGGUCCCCCCCAAGGAGCUCAGCCCCCCACUCCCCGACAAGUUCUUUGAUUACAUCGAUCGGGUGAAAUGGGCAUUUUCUGUAUCAGAAAUAAAUGGGAUCAUAUUACUUGGAUUAUGGAUCACCCAGUGGCUGUUUCUCAGAUACAAGUCAAUAGUAGGGCGAAGAUUCUUUUUUAUCCUUGGAACGUUGUACCUCUAUCGCUGUGUCACGAUGUACGUCACCACCCUUCCCGUGCCCGGGAUGCACUUCCAGUGUGCUCCGAAGCUCAACGGAGACUCUCAGGCGAAAAUACAGCGGAUUCUGCGGCUGAUCUCCGGCGGUGGCUUGUCCAUAACUGGGUCACACAGCUUGUGCGGAGAUUUCCUCUUCAGCGGCCACACCGUUUCGCUGACACUUACAUAUUUGUUCAUCAAAGAGUACUCACCGCGCCACUUCUGGUGGUAUCACCUGACCUGCUGGCUCCUGAGCGCCGCCGGGGUCGUGUGCAUCCUGGUGGCGCAUGAACACUACACCGUGGACGUGAUCGUCGCUUACUACGUCACGACGCGGCUGUUCUGGUGGUACCACUCGAUGGCCAACGAGAAGAACUUGAAGGUGUCUUCACAGACUAAUUUCUUGUCUCGAGCGUGGUGGUUCCCCAUCUUUUACUUUUUUGAGAAAAAUGUACAAGGCUCAAUUCCUUGCUGCUUCUCCUGGCCCCUGUCUUGGCCUCCUGGCUGCUUCAAAUCGUCGUGCAAAAAGUAUUCACGGGUUCAGAAGAUCGGUGAAGAUAACGAGAAAUCUACUUGAGAAGCAGAACAAAGGCAUCAACUCUUAUACCAAAAGAGUGAACGCUGUAACCAAAGGUAUUGUUUUGUUCCUUUAAUUUUAGGAGAACUGACUGGCAAAUGAAGAAGUGGACCAAAUUUUGUGCAAAUGAUUAGAAAGACGAACAAAGUAUUACCCUUUGACUGGCUUUUCUUAUUCCUCCCGACAAAGAUAUAUCCUCCAACGCUGCCCCUUCACGGGUGACGAGCCUUCCAGCUGGGGCCUGACCGAUGAGCUUGUCAGAGGAGCCGAAGGACCUGCCACUCCCUUCUUUCUUCUUUCUCCACAGACCCUCUACUUCAGAAUGUUUUCAGGAUUUUUUUUCCUCCCGAAGUCAGAAGAAUUUGUUAAUGUUUUAAAUAAAAUAUCUGGAUCUAUACA